CAUUUCAAAAGCACACUCUGCAGACUUUGAUGCUUCAGGCACCACAGGACCAAACUGCAUCGCCAGUACAGCUGAACAUAACGGAUGAACUGAUGGAUAUCUAUGUUAAUGUAGAGGGACCAUCAGGUAAUCCCAGCAAGAGAAAGAGGGAGACAAAAAUGUCAGAAAAUAUAUAUGAAAAUGUGUUUUUCCACACUCUUGGGCCAAACCAAACUGGAACACUCUCAGGUGCUGGAGAUGUGAAGAAGAGUUCCUGCAGAGCUGCUGCAGUGUGUCUGGGUCUACUGUGUCUUCUCCUUCUAGCUGGACUCAUAACUGUGGUUUGCCUAUGGAUAGUCACAGUUACCAGCAGCAACUCUGAGUGGGAAAUGGAGAUGGUCCUGUUACAGACCAGUUACAACAACCUGACCAAAGAAAGAGACCAGUUACAGACCAGUUACAACAACCAGACUAAGGAAAGAGACCAGUUACAGACCAGUUACAACAACCUGACUAAAGAAAGAGACCAGUUACAGGCCAGUUACAACAACCUGACUAAAGAAAGAGACCAGUUACAGACCAGUUACAACAACCUGACUAAGGAAAGAGACCAGUUACAGACCAGUUACAACAACCUGACUAAAGAAAGAGACCAGUUACAGACCAGUUACAACAACCUGACUAAGGAAAGAGACCAGUUACAUCAACCUGACUAAGAAAAGAGACCAGUUACAGACCAGUUACAUCAACAAGACUAAGGAAAGAGUCCAGUUACAGACCAGUUACAACAACCAAUCUAAAAGAAAGAGACUUUGGAGAAUUUGAAGCCCUGACUAAAGACAGAAAUGAUCUUCGGAGUAAGGUAAGCAGAGAAUGGAAUAUCUGAAGAAACUGCAGUGGGAUUACUGGCUGCUGACAAGCUGAUGCUGAGCUGUAUUGCUUCAUGUAUAGCUGGGAGCUGAACAGCAUUACUGGCUUAACCUUACAUAAAGGAGCAGCUAAAGGAGUGAAAACUGGUCGCAGCUUUGCCUGGGAAGAGGUUCAGAGGCCCACGACCAGGAGUCAGUGAAUGGCUGGAGAAAGAUCAAGGAGGACAUUCACAUCAGUCGACAGAUGCCACUGUAAUGGCAAAAAUUACAUUUAAGCAUGAUUCGUUAUAUUCUUGUCUUAUUUCUGUUUUAGUUUCUCUCACAAUGCUGAAAGUGAGUUUGUCUCUUUCUCACAUGUUGAUUCUGAUUCUCACUAAACUAAGUGGGAGCCACAAAGUCUGGGAACGUAAUGUGUAGCCUACACUGAACAGAUAAGGUAUGAGGUCACCCUAAACCAGUCAACGUCAACUGGCGGCCCGCGGGCCACAUCCGGCCCGCCAAAGCUUUUAGUCUGGCCCGCAGAAUAAUCAUGAUUUCACAAAAUGU